AUGGUUAAGCAUGGGCCUUCCGAUAAAAAUGGAAAAUCAUCGCAUCUGAAAAUGGUCGCACAUGCCGUUACGGAACCUUCCCAGAAGAAAUCAAAUGUGGGAGGUCGGACAGGCAUUCAGUGGCGAGAACUGAAGAAGUUGCCUCUUCAGGAAAGAUUGAAUCACGUUAAUCGAAAGCGUUUAUGCUUUAACUGCUUGCGUAGUGACCACUACGUGAGCAAUUGUCCCAUCCAAAAUAGCUGUCGGAUUUGUCAAGAGCGACAUAACACCGUACUACACCCGGGUUACUUGGAAGGCAUCCGGAAAGAUACUGCGGUAUCAGGAGGUACAAGGCCUCUACCCACUGCUCAAACAAACGUGACCACUACGCAGAAGCAACCGGAGUUGAAUACGGCAACUGUCGAAACCUACCUGGCUGCAGCUUCAACGCAAUCUCAUCGGUCUGGUAAUGUGUUUAUGCUUACCGUUAUUCUUGUCAUCGUCGAUGCAUACGGGCAACAUCACUUUGCUUGGGCACUGUUGGAUUCUGCAUCCCAGCCCAAUCUGCUCACUGAGCGCAACUUCUCAAGCUUAAACGUUACUGCUGACUUACCUGAGAGGAACGUAUCCAUUGCUGACUGGAGUAUUCCCAAGGAUCUUUUCUUGGCUGAUCCUACCUUUAACGAACGAGGUUCAAUCGACAUGAUUAUUGGUUUACCACACUUCUUUGACUGUUUUAGAUCACCAGCACGAAUUCGCAUUGCAAGGGACCUUCCCGAGAUGGUGGACAGUGUCUUUGGAUGGAUUGUGGCUGGAUCUGGUGAUUUGAUUCCUGCUUCCCCGGAAACCGUGCAGUGCAACGUGACUGCUAUUUGUCUUACCACAUUCGAAGAAAGUUUGGAACGGUUCUGGAAAGUGGAGGAAUUACCUUCGCGCGAUGAUUACUCGGCGGAGGAACGCGAAUGUGAAAAUUUAUACACGUCGACCGUGGCAAGAGAUCGCAGUGGGCGCUACAUAGUUCGUCUACCACGGCAUCCUAAUUUCCAUAGCAUGUUGGGCGAAUCCAAGGCUGCUGCACUGCGAAGAUUUAGGCUGUUGGAGCAGAGAUUAGAACGAGAAGCGGAAAUGAAGGAGGAGUACCAUCGAUUCAUGCGUGAGUACAUUUCACUUGGUCAUAUGCGAUUGCUCGGUAUGAACCAGCACUCCUCCGGUAAUUUUUAUCUUCCUCACCACCCCGUCGUAAAGGAAUCCAGCACCACGACAAAGGUGCGUGUAGUCUUCGAUGGUUCUGCAAAAUCAUCUACUGGAGUAUCGUUGAACGAGACACUUCUCACUGGACCGGUUGUCCAGGACGACUUACUGUCGAUUGUCCUCAGAUUUCGGAAAUUUCCUGUGGCACUAGUGGCUGACAUCGAGGAAAUGUACCGGCAAGUUCUAAUUCACCCUGAAGAUACACCUUACCAACGCAUCCUGUGGCGAUUUAACGAGUCUGACCCAAUACAAACCUACGAGUUACUAACCGUCACUUACGGUUUAGCGCCAUCUUCUUUCCUGGCUAAGAGAACACUCCAGCAGCUGGCCGACGACGAAGGGACUGCGUACCCGCUGGCUGAUCCUAUAUUACGCAAGAUUUUUUAUGUAGAUGAUUGCCUCGGAGGCGCGCAAUCAGUUGAUGAAGCCUUGCAGCUGCGACACGAAUUGACCGAACUGUUGAGCAAAGGCGGACUUACCUUACGAAAGUGGACAUCGAACAAACUUGAGGUACUGCAGGGGCUGUCAUCAGAACAAAUUGGAAAGCAAUCAUCAUUUGUAUUUGCACCGCACGAAUCUGUAAAGGCUCUGGGAAUCGGCUGGGAGCCUGAGACAGAUGAGCUUCGAUUCGAAUCGAAAAUUUCUAGCAGGAAGGCGCCAGAAAGAUCAAUUUUAUCUUCCAUUUCGCAGCUUUUCGAUCCGCUAGGACUAAUUGCCCCUGUGGUCAUUCGGAGUAAAAUGUUUAUGCAGGAGUUGUGGUUGGCCCACUGCGAUUGGGAUCAACCUGUGCCGAACGCUAUACAAGAAAAAUGGAAAACCUAUCAUCGUGACCUAGCCGGCAUAGCAGAAUACCGCAUCGACCGUUAUGCAUUUCUACCCAAUGCGAAAGUUCAGCUACACACCUUUUCGGAUGCAUCUGAAAGUGUCUACGGAGCUUGUGUUUACGCGCGAUCUACAGACACGCAUGGCAACGUAAGGGUCAAAUUAUUAGCGUCUAAAUCACGAGUCGCACCAUUAGAUCGAAUCACACUCCCCAGGCUCGAGCUGUGUGCAGCAGAAAUUGCAUCGCAGCUGUAUGCACACGUUAAAACCGCUCUGCAACUGGAAAUUUCGGAUGCCCGCUUUUGGUCGGAUUCUACCGUCACGAUUCAGUGGUUGCAAGCGCCACCUCGUACAUGGAAGACGUUUGUUGCCAACCGGGUAUCUAAGAUACAAACCCUGACACACGGCUAUCGAUGGACUCAUAUACCAGGGAAGGACAAUCCCGCUGACUUGGUUUCCCGAGGAAUGGCAGUUGGCGAAUUUGUAUCGAGUGAGUUGUGGAAGUAUGGACCAACUUGGCUUCGGUUACCUGAAGAAAAAUGGCCUGCACCUUUCCCGCUGCAUGUACCAGUCGACAACAUCGAAGCCCGGAAGACCAGCAAGGAACUAUCAGACUUUCACCCACUGUCCAAAUUAAUCGCUAAAUUCUACCAUCUGAAACUGCUACACGGUGGUGGCCAACUAACACUUGCCGCCAUGCGCGAAACAUAUUGGCCAGUUCGAGGCAAACGACUUGUGAGAAGUGUGAUUAGAAAUUGCCUCCCAUGUUUACGAGCCAAUCCCGUUCCGGCCCAACAACGCACAGGUCAACUUCCGAUACCCCGUGUUACACCGAGCCGACCGUUCACCGUUACCGGUGUUGAUUAUGCCGGUCCCGUCUACUUGCGCCCUCCACAUAAGCGCGCAUCCCCAACGAAAGCCUGCAUCUUCGUUUGUUUCUCAACUAAAGCCGUCCACAUUGAGUUGGUUUCGGAUCUCACUACUUCGGCCUUUUUAGCAACAUUUCGACGUUUUUCCUCUCGCAGAGGAUUGCCGGCGCACGUACACUCCGACAACGGUAAAAAUUUCGAAGGGGCGCGAAACGAAAUAACCGAGCUGUACCUGUGGUUGAACAGCAAACGAAACAGAGAAGGGAUCGAAACAAACCUAGCCAACAAUGGCGUAACGUGGCAUAUGACACCCCCCAAGACACCCCACUUUGGUGGCCUUUGGGAGGCAGCGGUAAAAAGUGCGAAAAAAACAUCUGCAUCGGCAAUUAGCUAA